CACUAUUAAAAAUGAAAAAUAUAUUCCUGUCGGCCCCUUCAGUUUGAAGUACACAGCAGUAGCCAACUCCAAAAUUCUCUGUGCAAUAUCAUUUUUUUCCCAACAAAAUUGUUCCAAUACAUUGAAGAUCAUAUUUUGGAAAACUCCAGCGUACAAUAAAACAAAGAUUUCCGAUUAAACAAAGACGCAUAUUAUCUUUGUGAUAUUAGAGGAUCAGAAAGAAAGAAAAAAAGACAUUUGCUGAAUAUCCAGAUUUUAUUCGACGUUUCAGGCAUAGCCUUGGUGGACAUUUGGUGGCGCGUGAUUGAAAUGAACGGCUAACGUUGGACGGGGGCAGCAAAACUACUUUGCCUACAGUUGCACAAUGGGUCAUCGGCGUAAUUUCAAACGCAUGAUAAAAUGCUUAUGCGCGUGCGCAGGACAAACAGGAGCUUGUUGUCAUAGUGGAGGUCCUGGAACAAUGUCCCCAAUUGGAGUGAGAUUGUACAUUCAGGAUCGCCAUGUGAUGAUGGAUAAUGGCCUAGUCCAAGUUACGUUAUCAAAUCCAGAGGGAAUUGUCACUGGAAUACGUUAUAAUGACGUUGAUAAUCUACUUGAAGUCCUUAACGAUGAAUCCAAUAGAGGGUAUUGGGACGUUGUCUGGAAUUCUCCAGAUGGUGGGAAAACUGGAGUAUUUGAAGUGAUCAAGGGUACUAAUUUCAAGGUUAUAAAGGAGACAGACGAUCAAGUAGAGAUAUCAUUUUCACGACCAUGGGAUCCCUCCCUCCAAGGCAAACUUGUCCCGCUAAAUAUUGACAAAAGGUUUAUUUUGCUCCGUGGCUGCUCUGGUUUCUACUCUUAUGCCAUUUAUGAGCAUGUUGGUUCACCUGAGUGGCCUGCUUUCAGCCUUGGUGAAACUAGAAUAGCAUUCAAGCUCCGGAAAGAUAAGUUUCACUACAUGGCUGUGGCAGAUAAUAGGCAAAGAUUCAUGCCUCUACCUGAUGACCGAAUGCCUGCAAGAUGCCAACGCCUUGCCUAUGCAGAAGCGGUCCUAUUGACCAAUCCUGUGGAGCCCGAGCUAAGAGGAGAGGUCGAUGACAAAUACCAGUAUUCAUGUGAUAAUAAAGACAACAAGGUCCACGGUUGGAUAUCUAUGGAUCCACCAGUGGGAUUCUGGCAAAUUACUCCGAGUGAUGAAUUUCGAUCCGGUGGACCUGUCAAACAGAACCUUACAUCCCAUGUCGGUCCAACUACCCUAGCUAUGUUUCUAAGCUCUCAUUAUGCUGGGGAUGAUCUAACACCAAAUGUUGCUCAAGGCGAAGCCUGGAAGAAAGUUUUUGGCCCCGUGUUUAUAUAUGUUAAUUCUGUUAUGCAAGGGGAAGAUCCUGUUACUCUAUGGGAUGAUGCCAAGAUACAGAUGCAGCAUGAAGUUCAAAGCUGGCCUUACAGUUUUCCCGCAUCGGAAGAUUUUCCAUCAGCAGAUCAAAGGGGCAGUGUUAGUGGUAGACUUUUGGUUCGAGACAAAUACAUUAGUGAUGAUAAUAUACCAGCAAAUGGCGCUUUUGUUGGGCUCGCUCCACCAGGAGGGGCUGGUUCCUGGCAAAGAGAAUGCAAGGACUACCAAUUUUGGGCUAACGCAGACAAUAAUGGAUACUUCUCCAUAAACAAUAUACGUCCCGGUGAUUACAAUCUUUAUGCAUGGGUACCUGGAUUCAUUGGGGACUAUCUAUAUGAGACUCCCAUCUCCAUAACUCCAGGUUGUAGUAUUGAUGUGGAUGAAAUCGUAUAUCAACCUCCAAGGGAUGGCCCCACAUUAUGGGAAAUAGGCAUUCCUGAUCGUACUGCUGCAGAAUUUUUUGUUCCUGAACCCAACCCGAAAUUUAUCAACAAGCUUUUUGUCAAUCAUCCUGACAAGUUUAGGCAAUAUGGAUUGUGGGAUAGGUACACCGAAUUAUAUCCAAAGGAUGAUCUUGUGUAUGUAGCUGGAGAAAGUGACUAUAGAAAAGACUGGUUUUUCGCUCAGGUUCCAAGGAGAAAAGAGGAUGGCACAUAUCAAGGAACAACGUGGCAAAUCAGAUUUAAACUUGAUUCAGUCAAUCAAGGAGGAACAUAUAAAUUGCGCAUUGCAAUUGCAUCUGCAACUUUAGCUGAAGUGCAGGUUCGGGUGAAUAAUCCGAGCACAAACCGGCCUCUAUUUACAACGGGAUUGAUCGGAAGAGAUAACUCAAUUGCUAGGCAUGGAAUUCAUGGAUUAUAUUGGCUGUACAGUAUAGACAUACAGGGAAAUAUGCUAGUGCAAGGGGACAACACCAUUUACUUAGGCCAACCAAGAAACCAGAGUCCUUUCCAGGGGAUUAUGUAUGACUAUAUUCGUCUUGAAGCGCCAUCAAACUAAGCAAUGUGCACAGUACCCUUUUUGUACAGUGCCCAAAUAAUUCAAAAUUUGAAGUAAAUAAUGCAGUAAUUGUUAACUGUUUGAUUUGUAUUACAGGGUUAGCAUUAACUUCUGGUUUGAGAAGCAAUAAAAUUCCACGUUUUGCUCGGAAA